AUGGCAAAGCCUGGGAAUCCAGAACCCGCAAUUGGAGGUGGAAAUGAUAUUAGUGAAGGUAAAGUAAUGUUCUUGCUAGAAAGUUUUGUAAUUUAGGUAAAUAUUGAUGAAAUGUGGAAUGAAUACAAGAAGAGUAUGUGUUCUUGUAUUUUAGUGGUAUCUGCUAUAAUCUCAAUGAGUUUAACUAUGAAAUCUGACCUUAUUUUAGGCGGUGCAUAGCAUAAAUAAUUCUAGUUGAAUUUCUUUAAAGAAGAAAGUGUUUUGUGUCGCAGGGAAGACCGAAGACGUCUCCGAGCUCUUCUGUUUGAUUUACUCUCAAAAUUAUUCUUGUUACAGGUAUAAUGGACAUUGUUCGACCUGCUCUCCAAACCCUUGAUGCCCAAGUCAAAGAAACCCGUAAAAGUCAGAUUCAUUUAGGUGAAAAUAUCCAGAAGCUCUCCGAAUGUAAGUUCCUUUCUUUUUCUUUGUUGAUUUUUAGAAUUCUCCGGCGAUUGUAUUCAAAUUUAUGUUACACUUCCUAUUUCCAGACCUGAAAGAGAUCCUGGACGAAAAGCAAAUGCCGUUUGAUCUGGGAGACUACGUCCGACGACUAGACGACAGCACGAAGAGGAUAUACAACGUUCAGAGUCGGAUUCAAGUGAUGCACGAGAAAAUGACCCAUUUACAACGUCAAAUAGCUAGAGAAACGUUCAAACAGAAGCAGUCCAAGACGGAUGGGGUCGUAACGCCUACAGAACAGGAGAGUAAAGUGGCUGAGGGGUCGGAGGAGUAA